GACUGGGUGAGGAGCCGUUGCUGCCUGAGCGGGGCCAGGACCCGAGACCCCACUGCUACCGCCGCUACCACCGCCGCUACCGCAGCCGCUGCCACCGCCUGGGAGACCUCCCUGAGACCCAGGUCAGGGACAGAGCCUCGCUGGCCAGAGGGGCCCCGUUUGCCUGCAGAUGUCUGGAACCAGGUGACAGAUGGGUCUCUUCCUUCCUGCCACCGUCUCUCCUGCUCCCCCCUCAGUGCUGCACUCUCCAGCCUCCUGUGGGAAUCGUCUGAAGUUCUGAGCCCGGAACCCAAGGAGGAAGAGGAAGAGAAGGGAGAGGAAGUCAAGCCCUGAGGGCCUGUGCACCUUCCCAGCAGGAGGCAGGGAGCAUUGCCUGGGAGCAGGCAGUGGGGCCCCCUGCCGCCCGGCCCCACCUAGGCCCAGCACCUGCUGUAGCACUCCAGAAGGCCCCCAGCAGUUGGCACUGGCUGUGCCCACCUUGCCUGGGGCCCCCGUGCUGGGGGUCGCCCCCAAGAUGGUGGCGACCCCAGGGAGGACUGUGCUGCCAGCUCCAGCCUCCGGCUGUUAGGCCUCCUGUGCCCCAGCCCCUCACCUCGAGCCUGGCCUUCGAGGGGGCCGAGGCCGGCGCCAUGCUGCGCCUGGGGCUGUGCGCGGCGGCGCUGCUGUGCGUAUGCCAGCCGGGUGCCGUGCGCGCCGACUGCUGGCUCAUUGAGGGUGACAAGGGCUAUGUGUGGCUGGCCAUCUGCAGCCAGAACCAGCCACCCUAUGAGACCAUCCCGCAGCACAUCAACAGCACAGUGCAUGACCUGCGGCUCAAUGAGAACAAGCUCAAAGCCGUGCUCUACUCCUCUCUCAAUCGCUUCGGGAACCUCACCGACCUCAACCUCACCAAGAACGAGAUCUCCUACAUUGAGGACGGCGCCUUCCUGGGCCAGUCGAGCCUGCAGGUCCUGCAGCUGGGCUACAACAAGCUCAGCAACCUGACCGAGGGCAUGCUGCGCGGCAUGAGCCGUCUGCAGUUCCUCUUCGUCCAGCACAACCUCAUCGAGGUGGUGACGCCCACCGCCUUCUCCGAGUGCCCGAGCCUCAUCAGCAUCGACCUGUCCUCCAACCGUCUCAGCCGCCUUGAUGGCGCCACCUUUGCCAGCCUGGCCAGCCUGAUGGUGUGCGAGCUGGCCGGCAACCCCUUCAACUGUGAGUGUGACCUCUUUGGCUUCCUUGCCUGGCUCGUGGUCUUCAACAACGUCACCAAGAACUACGACCGCCUGCAGUGCGAGUCGCCACGGGAGUUUGCUGGCUACCCGCUGCUCGUGCCCCGGCCCUACCACAGCCUCAAUGCCAUCACCGUGCUCCAGGCCAAGUGCCGCAAUGGCUCGCUGCCCUCCCGGCCCGUGAGCCACCCCACGCCCUACUCCACCGACACCCAGAGGGAGCCCGAUGAGAACUCAGGCUUCAAUCCCGACGAGAUCCUUUCGGUGGAGCCGCCGGCCUCAUCCACCACAGAUGCGUCCACGGGGCCUGCCAUCAAGCUGCACCAUGUCACCUUCACCUCGGCCACCUUGGUGGUCAUCAUCCCCCACCCCUAUAGCAAGAUGUAUGUCCUGGUCCAGUACAACAACAGCUACUUCUCCGACGUCAUGACGCUCAAGAACAAGAAGGAGAUUGUGACGCUGGACAAGCUGCGGGCGCACACCGAGUACACCUUCUGUGUGACCUCGCUGCGCAACAGCCGCCGCUUCAACCACACCUGCCUGGCCUUCACCACGCGGGACCCUGUCCCGGGCGACCUGGCGCCCAGCACCUCCACCACCACCCACUACAUCAUGACCAUCCUGGGCUGCCUCUUCGGCAUGGUCAUCGUGCUGGGAGCUGUCUACUACUGCCUGCGCAAGCGGCGCAUGCAGGAGGAGAAGCAGAAAUCCGUCAACGUCAAGAAAACCAUCCUGGAGAUGCGCUAUGGGGCAGACGUGGACGCCAGCUCCAUCGUCCAUGCCACCCAGAAGCUGGGUGAGCCACCCGUGCUGCCUGUCUCCCGCAUGUCGUCCAUCCCCUCCAUGAUCGGGGAGAAGCUGCCCACCUCCAAGGGGCUGGAGGCCGGGCUGGACACGCCCAAGGUGGCCACCAAAGGAAAUUACAUAGAGGUGCGCACGGGUGCGGGUGGGGAUGGCCUAGCUCGGCCUGAGGAUGACCUCCCAGACCUUGAGAACGGCCAGGGCUCGGCUGCAGAGAUCUCCACCAUCGCCAAGGAGGUGGACAAGGUAAACCAGAUCAUUAACAAUUGCAUUGAUGCCCUCAAGCUGGACUCAGCCUCUUUCCUGGGGGGCGGCAGUGGCAGUGGGGACCCAGAGCUGGCCUUUGAGUGCCAGUCCCUCCCUGCGGCCAGUGCUGCCUCCUCGACCACUGCCCCUGGGGCACUGGAGAGGCCCAGCUUCCUCUCACCCCCUUACAAGGAGAGCUCCCACCACCCGCUCCAGCGCCAGCUGAGUGCCGAUGCCGCCGUGACCCGCAAGACCUGCAGCGUGUCAUCCAGCGGCUCCAUCAAGAGCGCCAAGGUCUUCAGCCUGGACGUGCCUGACCACCCGGCCACCGCGGGGCUGGCCAAGGGUGACUCCAAGUACAUCGAGAAGGGCAGCCCCCUCAACAGCCCGCUGGACCGGCUCCCACUGGUGCCGGCGGGCAGCGGGGGGGGCAGCGGUGGGGGCGGUGGCAUCCAGCACCUGGAGGUGAAGCCGGCCUACCACUGCAGCGAGCACCGGCACAGCUUCCCUGCCCUGUACUACGAGGAGGGCGCCGACAGCCUGAGCCAGCGCGUGUCCUUCCUCAAGCCGCUGACCCGCUCCAAGCGUGACUCCACCUACUCGCAGCUCUCCCCCAGACACUACUACUCAGGGUACUCGUCCAGCCCCGAGUACUCGUCCGAGAGCACGCACAAGAUCUGGGAGCGCUUCCGGCCCUACAAGAAGCACCACCGCGAGGAGGUGUACAUGGCCGCGGGCCACGCUCUGCGCAAGAAGGUCCAGUUCGCCAAGGACGAGGACCUGCACGACAUCCUCGAUUACUGGAAGGGGGUCUCGGCCCAACAGAAGCUGUGACUGUCUCCUCCCCGGUGAGGUCGGAGGGAGUGGGCUGGGGGCACUCGGGGAAGGGCCCGGGCGGCCGGGGCGGGGGGCGGACUGGGGGGCCGAGGCCGAGGAGUGGACGCACACGCACACCCGCACGCACGCACCCAUGCACACACCUGACCACCACCUGACUGUGAACAAACCAACACCCGACGAUAGCGGACAGGAAAACAAAGACACAUUUUCCUUAAAGUUUACAAACUGAUA